CUUGCUCGUUCGUGAACGCUAACUGGAGAGACGCUUACAGGUGGACAAAGCCAAGCGUCCUGGAAUCGGAAUUCAAUAGCACCUGAGGAAUUAUGGCCUUUGUCACUGGAAGAAGCAGCACUCGUUACCAGGAGGCAAGCCAGCCAGAUACAGCGGAGAGCACCGACUGAUAAAAUCUUUUGGCCUGCACAGUGCACACAACUCAGCUACUUAUGGCCACUAAAGUGCUCAACUCAACCCGAAAGAGAAAAAAAGGGGAAAAAGAGACGACGAAAAGAAAACAUAUCUCCUCGCUCGGGCUCGCCUGCCUGAUCCUGCUCGUCGUCUCGUUCGGCUGUCAAAUUUGGUUUUCAGAUCCGUGGGCCUUCCCUGUUCCUCCAGGAGUGGAAGUACUCCCUCCUCCUUGUCAAGGCGGAGAUGCUCUGGUUCCCCCCCCCAGUGAUUAUUCUAAGCGACUCUCCUCGGCUUUCGAGGAGGUGGACGUAUUCGCUUGGCAUGCGUGUAAGGGGUGGCAAAAUCUAUCGCUGCGAAGUGACCCCUUGGGUGAUGCAAGCAAUGCGAGGGGGGACUAAACUACUUUGGGUUUGCCCGGCUCGCAUUGUCAAUCGCCCAGGAAUAUUUGGUUCUCGAGCUUUUGCUCCAAGUCAAAGGUGCGCUGUGCGUUUUAUAUC